AUGCCCGGAUUUGGGGUGUGACAUACUUUCUAUGGGAUCAUCUUAUAUCAUGAAAAAGUAAGAAGCAAGCAAUUGUUUUUAGGUCUUCUGCAGAAGCUGAGUAUAGGGUUAUGGCAUAAGGCACUUGUGAGAUUCUAUGGCUACGUUCUAUUUUGGCAGAGUUGGGAUUUGAGGAGACUACUCCAACGUCUUUGUUUUGUGACAACAAGUCUGCUAUCAUGCUGUCUUUUGAUUUUGUCCUACAUGAGUGUAGUAAGCAUAUAGAGAUUGAUAUACAUUUCAUUCGAGAGAAGGUUCAGAUUAGUGUUGGGAGACCAUCUUUUGUCUUUUCUUUUGAGCAGUUAGUAGAUAAGUUCACCAAGUCUGUAGGCCCAGCAUUACUCUAGUCGUCUAUCAGCAAGCUGUGUUUAUUGAAUAUCCUCAAACCAACUUAGGGGAAGUGUUGGAAUGAGGAAAUAGUGAUAUUAUAAUUAUGGUAGUGUUGGAAUUAAGAAAUAGUGAUAUUGUAAUUAGGGUAGUGUGUAUAAAAUCUAUGGUUAUGUCAAUCACAGAUUUAAUGCUUUUUUUUUAAUCUUCGUUUCCUAUUUUGUAAUAUUAUUUCAUUAUAAAUACAAGGCUCUACCUCAUUCAUAGGUAAGCUAAAACAAUUCCUUUCAUCCUUUUGAGAAGUGGUGCAAUCGAUUCAAAGAUGGGGACGAGAGAGGUAUACGAAGAGAAGCUGAGCUUCGGCAACCUCUACCAUGACCCAACCAUGAACCCGGGCUUAGGUUUGCCUCGAUGCCAUCGAUGUCUCUCUCUCUUAAACCCUAAUGCGGACAAUGGUGAAUGGACCAUCACUUCAGUACUACAUGAUGCUACAGUUGUGAUAAGUUAUCUGAUUCUCAUAUAUAUGCUGGCUCUGGAAUUGGCGGAAUGCUUAGUGCAAUUCAUGGUUUCAAUACAGGGAUCCUGUAUUUCCAAAAACAUGUUAAAGGACCAAAUGGCUUCCUUUACUUAUUGGGGUGUGGACUAUGUCCUUUGUACUUCUGGUGUGCCUCUAUUUCUUUUUUGCCUACUGUUGCGACCCCAAAGUGCUAACCCAUGUGCAAGUUGUCGCAAAGUAUUAUAUACUAUACCCAGUGAAUCCGAGAUCGAUUUGCAGGGAUUGGUAGCAAAGGAGAAACUAAACUAAUUUAGCAAAUGUUUUAAUUGGAUGUUUUUGA